AUGCAAGCACUUCGCAAUGAAUGGGACAGCCUGCUUGGUGAGGCCACACUGGUUGCUCAGGCAAUGGAGAUCCCAACUCAGUUCAAAGGUGAAGAUAAAAGAAAGAAGAGAAGAAAAAGGAUUAUAAAACCAACAGGACCAAGAAGACAGUGCAAGAUCGAGACUCGACUUGUUCCAGUGAAACAACAGCUCAAAAAUGUAGAAAACACCAGUUUUGGAGUUGAAAACAUGACCGGAGGCGCUAUGCAGCAAGAGGGAUUUACAAGCUUUCAGAUUUUUGAAUUCUGCAUUUUCUUUGCCACCUGUGUAGUUGGUCUCAUUGGAAAUGGGCUUGUAAUAUUUCUGACUGGCUGCAGAAUGAAGACGACCGUCAACUCCAUUUGGUUUCUCAACUUAGCGAUUGCAGACUUCAUCUUCUUGUUGUCUUCAAUCAUAGAUCAUCUUUCAACUUUGGGCCAGUUGAGUCUUUACUUCAUGAGUUUCAUUGUCCAGAUAAUGUUAAAUCUAAAUCUGUUUGCUAGUAUUUUCUUUCUUGUAGUUAUCAGUCUGGACCGAUGCCUGUGCACAUGGUUGGUUGUUUGGGCUAAAAAUAAACGAACUACACUUAAAGCCAAGAUCGUCUGCAUAAUUGUAUGGGUUUCAUCCAUCGGCUGCAUCAGCUUUCCUUUCUUUAUAUUUGAUAUGUUUACUCCUGCGUCUUUGGUCACAUAUAAUUUUACAGUGGCCUUCCUCAUCCCCUUUCUGAUCAUUGCAUCUUCAUACACAGCUAUUGGAGUACGAAUCAAACGCCUCAAAAGGGUGAAGCAGUUCAGGUCAUACUGGGUCAUUAUAACUGUAACUCUGGCUUUUUUCAUAUGUUGGUUUCCAUUCCAUGUUUGCGUUUUUUAUGCAGUAACUGCAGUAGGAAAUAACUGGAGUGAUGAAGUAUUGGAGACAGCAAAGAAUGUCAGUAUUUACCUGAUUCAUCUCAACAGCUGUCUGAACCCCAUUCUCUAUGUGUUCAUGUGUGAUGAGUAUAAGAAGAAGCUUAAACAGUCUCUGCUGCUGGUGCUGGAGACGGCUUUUGCUGAAGAUCAUCUGGACUUUAAGGAAGAUGCAGAAAGAUGUGCAGGACAAGAAAACCAAAUUUAA